AUGCCUACGAAAAUUAAAACUAUGAAUUGUCCGCUUAUUCCAUCAGCUCGUUUUUCUUUGGCUUUAUUUAUUUUUUUCGGCUGUGUUGUUCAAUAUACACAACGUAUUAAUUUAUCAAUUGGUAUUGUUUGUAUGAUUAAUAAGACAUUUAUUAAUACUGAACUUGAAUCAAUACCAUAUUUAACUCGCAUUGAUAAUCCAAUAAUAAAAACUCCAUCAAAAAAUACGAUUCUAUUUUUUCAAGAUAAACGAUUUUCAUGGACUGAAUUUGAACAACAGAUAAUACUUGGUGCUUAUUGGAUUGGAUAUAUAAUAACACUUAUACCAGGUGGUUGGUUAUCGAUAAAUAUAGGAGCGAAACGAAUAUAUGUUUAUUGUCUAUCGAUAAGUUCCAUUGCGACAUUAGCACUAUCAAUUAUUUACCUUCUCGAAACUAUACAUUUUGCUUUCAUAUUUAUUUUACGAAUUAUAAUUGGUUUCGCACAUGGUGCUCUUAUACCUGCAACAUAUUCGUUAUGGUCAGUAUGGGCUGCACCUCAAGAACGUUGUACUUUAACAUCAUUAGGUUUUUCUGGUAUUAAUUUUGGUACUGCUAUUAUAAUGUUAAUUGGAGGUUUCUUUUGUCGUUAUAUUGAUUCAGGUUGGAUAUAUUUAUUUAUUUUAUCUAGUUUACUUGGUUUUAUAUGGAUUCCAUGGUGGAUAAUAUAUGUUGCUGAUACACCAGAACUUCACAAAACUAUAAGUGAAAAAGAACGAAAUUUUCUUCAUCAUUUUAAUGGUAAAUUCAUGCACGGUAAACAACGACAUGUCAUAUCGUUCAUUUCUUUACCUUGGAAGAAUAUUAUUCGAUCAAAACCGAUCAUUGCUUUAUUUAUUACUCAAUUAUGUAAUCUCUUUGGUGUUUUCUUUUUUUCAAACACUUUUGGUAAACUACUUCAAGAUAUUCAUCAUAUUUCGACAUUAUAUAUUGGAUAUAUAUUAUGUACUGGAUUUCUAUUAAUGCAACUAUCAGGUUUAACGACUGGUAUUGUUGCUGAUUAUCUCGUUCGAAAAAAUUUGAUAUCAUUAACAAAUGUUCGAAAAUUAUUUAAUUCACUUACGUCAUUUAGUUCUGCUUUCUGCAUUAUAAUAUUAUGUUUUUGUGAUGAAUCACGAAAGAUAUUAGGUGCUAUUACUGUACUUAUUUAUCUUUUUGGUUCAGGUUUUGCUCUUGGUUCUGGUUUUCUUGUUAAUUUUACUGAUAUUGUUCCGGCUUAUUCAGGACUUAUUUUUGGCAUAGCGAAUACAUUUGCUUCGUUAAGUGGUUUUAUAGGUAAUAUUAUGGCAAGUAUGGUAAUCAAACAGCCAGUACUCAAUGAUUGGCGAAAAUUGUUUAUUCUAUUUAUUAUCACUUAUAUUAUCGGAGGCAUUGUAUUUUUAUUAUAUGGUUCAGCAGAACCGUUACAAUGGGCUAGAUUUCCGCAACAGAAUGAACCAAACAAUGAUGAUGAUGAUGAACAAUCUACAUUCACGGAGAAAUCACAGCCAAUUGAACAAUCGACGAUAAUAGAGAAAAUUUAA